GUAAACAAAAACGACGCACCAAAGCCCAGAUCAAGGAGGACAAACAGCGUGCCACAGAUGUGCAGGCUGCACAGGAAGCCAAUUUGCAGCGUGGAAUCGAUUGUAUUGCAAGCAUUGAGGCUGCCAUGGAGGUGGAGCAGGGCAUCCAGCACCGGCUCAGAGUCAAGGUGGCAUCAAGGACCAGGAUGCUGGUGAUCCGGGGUGAAGGAGAUGUUGAAGCGGUUAGGAACGAGGUUGCAAAGCCGCCGAAGAAGAUCAAGAAGGUGCAUGAGGCAAUCGGUGCUACAAUCCUUGGCAGCGAUCAGCGAGUCAAAGGGACUGGAAAGGUCAACAACUGGCGCACUCACAUGGAACCUGAAACAAAGUGGCUCUGUUUUGUCAGUGACAACCCUGAAGACAAGUCAGACUGCAGCAACCAUGGUCUCGCUUGCAAAAGACCCACCCCUUUCCUUGACGGAUUGUCAGAUGAUUCUGUAUCGGACAAUGGCGAGGAUGGAGGCAAUGAAGAAGAUAGAGAUGGGGACAAUGAAGAUUUCGAAAAGCACCUGUCUACUGAUAUAAAAGGGAAGCUGGGAAUGAAGUCUAUCAUACAGAUCGCUGAGAGUUCAGAUGGCGGAUUGUCCGAUGUUCCUGUAUCCACGCCAUUUAAUCUACUGCCAUUUAGUCAACAGGCUGACAUAGUAAGAUUUGCUCUGGAGCAGGCCCGGCAACCUCGCGCAGUCUCGUCCACGAAGAGAACGAUUGAGGAAGCCGAGUUGAUAGGCUCCUCCGAAGACAACAAUCAAGACGAUGAGGAGGAGGGGGAGGAGGAGGAGGAGGAGGAGGAGGAGGAGGAGGAGUUCGUUAUUGACCCUAUGUUAGUCAAUGAAGAAUCUUCCUUGAUCACAAGGGUCCCCGAGCAAACGCGCACUACUACAAAGACUAGUGUGACAGUCGCUGGCACCGCGAAACCGAACCCACCCAAGAAACCGAAAUUGGAACCGGUCCUUCCGACAAUCUCUGAACCCAGCUUGAUGUCUGCUGACAUGGCGAUGAGGCCCAAAACUGGAAGUCAGUGGCGAAACACGGAUCUCCCACCAAUUAUGCUGGAGGACAGUGCAUGGCACAGGAGCUUUAUCCCAACAGUUUUUCUUUGGGCAGGCGCCCAGCCAAAUUUUUGGUCCAUCGAGGCCGAAAAUUUACUUCCAGCACUCCAGGCCAUUUUUAAUAUUGCGUUUCCAGGAACAGAUUACAAUGUUCAACCAAAAGGCCCUAUUAUGGGCUUGGUGAAUCAAUGCCUUUGCUCCUGGCACAGCAAUUUCAGAUCAACAGCAAUUGCCCUCGUCACUAAUUUUUUGGCCACUUCCAAAAAUAACGAGACUGAUGAUGAUGAUGACGCUGACUAUGAACAGGAACUAGCGGCAAGUCUUCUUGAGAAUUGGGCUUUCCUCUAUGAGGAUCCAGAGAAUCGCGACCCCAACAAGAUCUACCGGUUGGUGUUCAUGAUAGAAAUGAUCGAGUCUGCUCACAUCAACGCAACUGCUGGAUUCCUCGAUGUACCGGCACUCGACACAGACACACUACAAGUGAAGGGCAUGCAAGCUAUAAUCGCUGCGAGUGCUGCUGCACUCGAACGCGCUUUCAAUUUCGCCGCAAAGCCAAAAAACUUUACCGAUGACUUCAGCACUGGCACCAACAGCGUGAAGGGCAGCAUUAGGGCCCGCAAAACACCCCUGAAGCGCAACAAAUCAACCGGUAAAGACACCACUACAGCAUCAGCCUUUUUGGAGGCUAACUGCGGCUCGGCGACAUCGGAAUAUUACGAAUCCCUCAAGAGGCGAGGGGUGAAGUACACGAUGGAUACAAUUGCCUUAGUGCGGAAGCGGCAGGAAAUGGCCCAAGAUGCUCCUUCUCAGCUAAAGCCGAUGGGCGGAUGUGCCCUGCUCUACAGUUUUUAA